AAAUGCGCCUACGCCCACGCCUGCGCCCUCGCCCAGACCAGACGGCAAUGGACAGAGCAGCGGCAAGAAGAGGAGAAGACUGCUGCUGGCUGGCGGCGGGUUCUUGGUGGGCGCCGCCGUCGUCACGUUCAACGAAGACGCAAAGCAUGUGGCGGCAGCGGCGCAGAGGAGCUGGCGAGUGGUGAAGACGCUGGUGCUCAACAUCAAAGAGUGCGUCGCCUCCUGCGUGUGCGAGACAUGACGGCUGACAGGGCUGCCCACAGCUACCGCGACACGCUCAAGCACGACGCCGCCGCCGACUACCCCGAGCAGCUCAAGGCCUGCCACUUGCGAUGCGCCAAACGCACUCUGCACACGCUCGAGACCAACGGCUCCAUCUUCAUCAAGCUGGGCCAGCACCUGAGCAGCAUGAACUACCUGCUGCCCAACGAGUGGUGCGACACCUUCAUCCCGCUGCAGGACAAGUGCCCCGUGUCGUCGUACGAGUCCAUCGAGGCCAUGGUGCUGCGCGACACGGGCCGCCACCUGACCGACUUCUUCUCCGAGUUCGAGCAGCUGCCCAUUGGCGCCGCCUCGCUCGCCCAGGUCCACCGCGCCACCAUCCGCGAGACGGGCCAGAAGGUGGCCGUCAAGGUGCAGCACCCCGCCUUGGACGAGUGGGCCAAGCUCGACCUCGCCCUGACGAGCUUCUCCUUCGCCACCCUCAAGCGCUGGUUCCCCGAGUACGACCUGACAUGGCUCUCCGAGGAGAUGGAGCACUCGCUGCCGCAAGAGCUGGAUUUCGAACGCGAGGGCGAGAACGCCACACGUGCCCGCGACUACUUCUCGCACAUACGCGACGCGCCCGUCACCAUCCCCCAGGUCCUGUGGGCCAAGCGACGCAUCAUCGUCAUGGAGUACGUCUCUGGCCACCGUCCAGACGACCUCGCCUAUCUCGACGCCCAGGGCAUCGACAGGGAUGAAGUCUCCGCCGCCCUGGCUCGUGUCUUCAAUGAGAUGAUCUUCGGGCGCAAUGCACCACUUCACUGUGAUCCGCACGGUGGCAACAUCGCCAUCCGACACAACCCCUCCCGCAGCGGCAAGAAGAACUUUGACGUCAUCCUCUACGACCACGGUCUCUACCGCGACAUCCCUCUCGCCAUCCGCCGCUCGUACGCGAAGCUUUGGCUCGCGGUCCUCGACGCCGAUGAGCCCAAGAUGCGGCAAUACGCGUAUGAAGUGGCAGGGGUGGGCGACGAUCAUUUCGCGCUCUUCGCGAGCGCAAUCACAGGACGGGAUUACACAGUGCUCACGAAGAAACAGGGUGGGGCUGCAGGUGUGACGAGCUCACGGACGAAAGAGGAGAAAAAGGUUAUUGGGGAUGCGCUUGGGGAGGGCUUGCUGGAGAGUCUGAUUGAGCUGUUGGGCAAGAUGCCCAGGGUUAUCCUGCUGGUACUCAAGACCAACGAUUUGACACGCUCGCUAGACGAAGGUCUGCAAACUCGCCAAGGUCCUCUCCGUGCGUUUCUCAUUCUCGCACGCUAUGCCUCGCGUACUGUUUACGAGGAGGCACUCGACAACAUCCCUGGAAGCAUACUGUGGCCGAUGAACUUCAUCCAUUGGUUCGCGGCAUGGACGAGGCAUAUGAGGAUUGAGCUGAAGUUGGGGAGUUAUGAGACGUACCUCAAGGUCAGGGCGACGUUGGGCUUGCGAAUGGUGGAUGUUGGGGAUAGUUUCAGGGAGUAGAGGAGCCGGGUGGACAUGACAGUUUGCGGAUGGAUUGUCAUGAUGAAAACGAUGUGCGAAUACCCUAGAUUUGGGUGGAUAGACUUCUUGUUUUUUUUGGUACAUUCAUCGAUAACGAUCUCAUUGGUCAUCACUGCAAGUCACAUACUCACCACAAGCUUAGAUACCCACAACUUUGGCGACUC